AUGGCGAUAAUAUGGUUCGUCGUCCUUGUUCUCUUUACUCAGGCAUUCCGGGCUUUAUCCUGCGCUUUUGAUAGAGUGGAAACGUUGACUGGCAGAAUGUAUCAUUAUUUCACUGACUCUAACGAGAACGACUGCUUCGCCAAAUGUUUUGAGUACAUGGCAUGCACUGGGAUUGGGUACAGAAAGAUGAGUUUGAAGCUACAAAUUAAACGAAGCAAGUUUCCAUAA